AUGGCUAUCGGCACCACCACCACUACACUAGUGCCACGGAGCGAAAGCCACGUGACACAAACCAUCACCAAGCUCAAGACGACCAUCAAGUCGACGGUCCGUGCGGCGUUCACGCCGCGCUUGGCUCCUGCUCGACGAAAUGUUUCCACCAGACAACGCCCUGCUGCUCCAUCGUCCUCGAGUCCCCUUGAGCGCAUGCUGCAUAAAGCGUCCAAGACCACCGCUGCGGCAUGCCGCGCCCUCACCACGGCGUUGCGCGUGCCCGACGCCAUCGCUAAACCACUAGCCAAGUUCACGUCGUUAGCGCACAAGUACGUGUUUUCCAAGCUGCCGACGGUCAAGGUUCUGGAUAAGUUGAAGCAAUUCGCUAAGUUCUUUCUGUCUCACAGCGUCGCGUCGGCCGCCUUGCAAUCGGAACAUGCCACGCGACUCGUCGAGCGAUUCGUCCGGGGGUGGGUGGGCCGCGUCAAAGGGCGCAUCGCCCUGCGCCACUACAAGGCGGCAGUCCACUCCGCCGUCACCACCAACAUCAUGCACCUGCUGGACGCUACUACCGCCCACGUCGCCUCCCAAUUGCACCAAGCGUGGUACCUCAAACAAACCUACGCCGCCAACAGGAUACAACAUGCAUGGAGACAUGCAUCAUCUAGAUGGGCGCUGGAAGCCCACGACACACACGCUGCGAUACAGUACCUUCGUGAGACAGGACGUCGCCUUGUCUGUCGCCGACAAGCAGAGUCCGUGGUGGCGACGGUGGUGAUGGCAGGUCUCCAGAUUAUGGCCGUGCGGUUGAUGCAGCGGUGGUGGCGCCGACGGUGUCGCCUCCGCCGUCUUGCAAAAGCCCGGCGACGGCGGCGGCGAACCAGACCACCGCAGAAGACACAGCAGCAGCACACAUGCGACAGUCCAGGGCAUCACCAACGGGAGCUGGUUGUGGCGACGCUCAAGCGAGUGUGGGCCCGCGAGGACUUUGCCCCGAGCGUCCGUCCGUCGCGCCGACGGCACAUGGUGGCGAUCCCGCCGAGGCCAACGCUGGCGCCGCUGUCGUCCGUGACCCCGCCUCGGACCCACGGCGUGCGUAAAAUGAACGUGAAAACGUGGCAUCGACUCCAAGGGUACGUCAACCCCAAGCAGUGCUGGGUCGCCAUCCCCGUCCAAGUCCACCCCGCCACAUCGACGACCUCGCUGGCGCCCCUUCGACACCGCCACUACCAGCUCGAGUAUGACUGGAUUCCUGGCCCCCUCCUGCAAGACCCCCCGACGCCGCCCCUCACAUUUGAACAAAAAUUGAAGAGAUUCGACCAAGCACGACGGACCAACAAGGGCAUGCAGACGAAGGACAGAGCUAACAAGAGUCCCAGUGAGCCUCGGUUGUGA